GAGACAUGCACUAUUUCCAAAGCCUUUUGAGAUCUCAUGAUCUCGUUGGAUCCAGCAGGCCGCCAAGUGGGCGUUCCAGAUAAGGCGAGUGAGAUGCGGAAGGGAUGGGCGACUCCGCCACGUCAGGGACGCCCCUCAGGUUUGAGGUCUCCGCGGGGAGAGCGGCCGGGUUGCGCUGGCGCCCAGCCAGCUGGGGCUUCCGGGCUGCAGGGUCUGGGACCAGGUCACUGGUUACCCCGGCGACCGGUCGGCAGUCACGUGACGCGGGAGCACGGCAGGAUGCCCAAGAGGCUUCCGUAGGCGGGCGGGCGGUCACGUGUGGGGGGCUUGUUGGCUGGGACACCUUCCCGCCGGCUCCGGUGUCACAUGACCGGCUCAAAGCCAACAUGGCGGCUGCCGUGGUGCAGCGCCAGGACUGAGCGACAGCGACUGCAGUGGGCUCCUACCUGGGGUGAGGGGUGGCCUCAACGUGGGAUGGGGGAUCGCGUCCUCCGCAGUGCCCGACGUCACCUGAAUUCCACACGCCGCCUCUGCGCAGUGUGUCAACUGAGAUGGGGAGGCGUGACAGGGCCCGGGUCCCUUCCCACCCGUAUUCUGUGCUUCAGGGCCAGCUCCUACGGGUCUCCGGGUGCACUCCCCUCGCCUGGGCUCCCUCCAUCUUCCUUUUUCCACCUUCCUCUCUUUCCAGCCAGGCGGAUGACCCGGACGACCGGCCGGUGCCCGGCACCCCGGGGUUGCCAGGAUCCAUGGGGAACCCGAAGUCCGGAGAGCCUGAGGUCCCGGACCGGGAGGGGCUGCAGCGCAUCACAGGCUUGUCUCCAGGCCAUUCGGCUCUCAUAGUGGCCGUGCUGUGCUACAUCAACCUACUGAACUACAUGGACCGCUUCACCGUGGCUGGUGUCCUUCCGGACAUUGAGCAGUUCUUCAACAUCGGAGACAGCAGUUCUGGCCUCAUCCAGACCGGUGAGUAGAGGCAGCUCUGCUUCCUUUCCUACUGCAACUGGGGCCAUGUGCUGUCCUGCCUGGGGCCUCAUUAAUGGGGUUUAGUGGCCAGAGCUGGGGGAGGUGAUAGCUCUGAUUUUGCUCUGUGCGUGUUCUGUUUAGCCAGGACACCACAUUUAAAGAGGGAGUCAGUUUAGCUAAUGGUGAAGACAGACCUGGGUUUAAAUCUCAGCUCUUCCUUACUGUUCCAGGGUAGGCAAGGCACUCAACCUCUCUAAGCCUCAUUUUUCUUGUCUAUGAGAUGGAACUAGUAGUAACACAGGUCAUCUCGUAAGGCUGAUGUGAGGAUUAAAUGAAAUGCCUUUGAAGUGCCUAGUGCUGUGUUUGGCACAUGGUAGGCACCCAAUAAAUAAUGGGAGGAGAGGGUGUCUAGACCAGAGGGGAAUUUUUUCUUGUUCAGAAAUCUGGGUUGCAGGAGAGGCAAAGCCAGAGCCAUGUCCUCUCUUCCUUCCUUCCCUCCUUUGUUCAUUUCUCAAACGUUUCUGAGAACCCACUAUGCCAG